GAAAGUUUUUGGUAGAGAAAAAGUAACAACACAUGAAGCCCAUAAGGAAUAGAAGUGGGCCGAGUUUUGAUGUGUUUGGAGAACUAUAGCCCAUACCCAAUUCCAAAACCCCCAAAACCCCUCUUAGAUUCUCCCUCCAUUGCCACCCCGAACGACAAUGCCUCAAGCCAGAGCAGCGAGCAUCCGAACCAUCUUUGACGGCACCGUCAAAGCAAUCCGCGACCGCGGCCUCGACCACGCCGUAGAGCGCGAGAGAAACCUCAAACCCUUAAUGAGCCUCAAAAACCUCAUCAAGCGCGAGCCCUCCAAGUCCCUCCCCGUCUCCCUCAUCAGACGCUCCCUCUCCCUCCCCUUCCGCCCCAUCGAAUUCGUCCGCAAGUACCCCUCCGUCUUCGAGGAGUUCCUCCCCGUCGCCUCCGCUUUCGCCUCCCCCCAUGUCCGCCUCACCCCCGAAACCCUCCUCCUCGACUCCGAUGAGCACCUCUUUCACCUCUCCGACCGCUUCAAACACCAAGCCGCCGACAGGCUCCUCAAGCUCCUCAUGAUCGCCAGAAUCCACAAAAUCCCGCUGCCUCUCGUUGAACACUUGCAGUGGGACCUCGGCCUCCCCCCAGAUUAUGCGGAGACCGUGGUCCCUGACUUUCCGGACUACUUCCGGAUCGUCGACGGGUUCCUGGAGCUCGUCUGCUGGGACCAGAAUCUGGCCGUUUCGGUUAUCCAGAGCGAUUACCGAAACACUAGUGUUAAUUUUGAAGCAUUGUUGUUUCCUGUGCAGUUUUCUAAUGGUUUAGAGAUGGAUAAAAAGUAUGAGAAGUGGUUGAGGGAGUGGCAGAAGUUGUCUUAUGAGUCUCCUUAUGAGAAUUUGUCUCAUUUGCCGAGUACUAGUGAUGAGUCUGAUGUUUGGGUUGUUGGUGUGUUGCAUGAGCUACUUCAUCUUUUUGUUGGGAAGAAGAUUGAGAAGGAGAUGUUGUUGGAGUUUGGGGACUGGUUGGGGGUGAGGUCCAGGUUUAAGAGGGCGUUGUUGCAGCAUCCCGGGAUGUUCUAUUUGUCUAGUAAGAUUGGGACCUAUACUGUUGUUUUGAGAGAGGGGUACAAGAGGGGUGCGCUGAUCAAGGAUCAUCCAGUGAUGAAUUUGAGGAACCAGUAUGUUCAUUUGAUGAAUAGUGUUAGAGAAGAGGGGAAAACGGGUAAGGUGGUGCGAGGGAAGGGUGAUAUGGAUGAGGUGGGAGAAGGAGAGGGUGACGGGGAGAGUGUGGAGGACGGUGAAGAGGAGGCAUGUGAAGUUCAGGAUGCUAGUGAAACUGAUUUUGACGAUGAUGAAGAGGAGUCUCGAAGAGGUAGUCGGAAAAUUGCUACUGGUAGAAGGGGCAGGGAGUUUGGGAAAGUGAAGUUAGAUGUAGACAAGCCUUUGAGAGGUUCUUCAAGGGAAAGAUCACUUUUGAGAGGUUCUCGGAGGGAAAGAUCGAUUGGAAAAACUGGGUUUGACGAUGAUGAAGAGGAGUCUCAAAGAGGUGGUCGGAAAAUUGCUAAUGCUAGAAGGGGCAGAGAGUUUGGGAAAGUGUUAGAUGUUGACAAGCCUUUGAGAGAUUCUUCAAGGGAAACAUCGCCUUUGAGAGGAUCUGGAAGGGAAAGAUCAAUUGGGAAAAGCGGGGAGAAGAAUUCGUUUGAAGUUUCUAAAAGAAGACAAGUGCGAGGUGCACAUAAAAAUGUUGAGAAUACACAAGAGAGAUCAAAAUCCUCUAAAAGCAGUAGAAGGUCAUUAACCAGCAAGAAAACCCCUGUUUUGUAGAGAUUCAAUUUGUUUCUGGCAACUAACACAUAUUCUGGACUCAGGACCUUUAGAUGAGUGAUGUCUGCUGUGACCUAGGUUCUUGGGCCAAUUGUUGGUGACUAGCUAUAGUGGUUUUUAUAGAAGCAAAGAGGCUAAUGUUAUAUUGCAAAUGUGCUACCUAGGCUACAUUUUUUGGUGUAAUUUUAAGAAGGUUUCUUGGCUUAGCAGUUGAUUUUAGUUAAGAUUAGGCAAUUGCUUGUAUUUGGUGCAAUUUUGUAAAGCACAUUAUAUUUUUAAGGGGGUUUCCUGACAGAUAUGCAUAGAGAUUCCUGUUACAUUCUCUCUGUUGUUUUAUUUUCCUUUUUAUUCGUUAUGGAGAGCCCCUAAUAAGUUUUGUUCUGUUUAGAAUUCCCCCUAUAACAGAUAUGCACCUUAAUUUUGUGUACAUCAACUUAGCUUGUGCUCUCCCUUAAGGUUCUGCCCUUUUAGAAUGAUUUUGGGGAGAAAGAAGGUGGGAAAAUGAAGUUUUUUAUUAUUUGGGGAAGGAGAGAGUGAGAGGGGAGAAAAGUUUGGCUGGACCUACACAUAAAUGAACUCUCCCCUAAAGUGAUGAUAUUUUAUGGAGAAAAGGGAAAAUAGUUUGUGGGACCCAUUAGAAAUUGAAAUGACAUAUUUACCUAUUUGUUUUUAACUAAGUAAAUGUUAUUAGGGGCAAAUAUGUCUUUACAAAAUAUAAUCACUUUCUUUCUCGUCAAUUUUCUUAGCUCAAUCCAAACAAUUUGAAAAUCAACCCAUUUUUUACUCAUUCUCCUUCUCUUUUACUUCUUUCAACUCCAAGUCUUUCUUCUCAAAAUCUUUCAUCAGCCAAACAGAGCAUUAAGUUCUAUUAAGGUACAGCCAAUUCAUUUACUUUCUUUUCAUUUGCUCUACAGCCUUUACCACUCUUGUUCAAUUUUUAGAAUCACAUUGUACAAAUUAGAAUGAGAUUUUAGUUUAGCUUUGCUGCCAUUUCCCAUAUCAUAGUUCCGUAACAGUUUUAUCUCACUAGGACAAGACGAGAUAUAAAAUUAAAAUGAUCUUUAAUUUCUGCAAGACAUAACUGGAGCUAGAUGUUGUAUUGUAUCCUGCAUGAUGAUAAAACUGGAUCAAGACAAGAGGAAAAUAGAGAAAAUAGUUGAAGAAAAGUGACAGAAAUGUGUGGUACAACACUGGUAAUAGAUCCAAGAAUGAAUUGCAAUACUACUCAGAGUAUUUGAGAGACCCUUACCUCUCCCUAAGAGUCUAAUCCUUUCCAAAAUGACAAGGUCUCCCUUUCUCUCAACCUCCUCUCAUUUAUACCCAACAUGCCUUAUUUAUGUACCCUAUAAACUGCUGACAAUGUUGGCCAAGGCAGAUAUGUGUUUGUUGAUGUCCCACCAUAGAAGUCCUCACUAAGGGGAGUUUAACUUACUCCAUAGCUUCCUCAACAAUGCUGACACAUCAUUCCAUGUGUUCACAAACUUUUCUCCCUGCAUGACUGUCCCUUAUUGAUGUGGGUUUCGCAGGAUUAUUUACCCUCCUUUCUGGACAGAGAGCGGGAAGAUCACUAAAUUCUGAUGUUACUUCUCAUGUAAUACUAUAGUAUAUUAGUAUCUUUGUUUACAUUUUUUUUUACUGUGAGUAGAAAAGUUCAUUGUUUUGAUUCUGAAUCCUUUUCACCCCCUCUAUUAAUAUACGCCGAAUGGUGUCACAUGAUUCAUGCAAUCGAUCUCAUCUAGUGGGAUAAGAUGUUGUUGUUAUUACACAUGUAAAUUAGAAUUUAAAAGUUGCAUUUUUAUCUUGAUAUCAUGAUAACAUAUUAACAUGGGAUUGCACCAAUUGUGAUAUGAAAAUCACACUAGGGGUAACAUGCAAUAAAAGUAUUAGGAAAGAUCUUGUUUCUCCAGAAUUUGCAACAAAUUCCACUAAAAAUACAAAUGCUAAAUCUUUCUAAAUUGUGGUUUUACUUGAAUAUAAUCAAGGGUCUUAUCAACCAAUGUCCUAAAAGUAUUGGUUAAGGAAUUAAUAAAUAUAAUGCGAAUGCAUUUGAAAUCUCAUUGGGGUGUGCUGCUAUCAAUUUUCUAUAAAAAAAAAAAAAAAACCACUUUUGAUCCUUAACCUAUGCUUAGGACACUGGUUAGCAACUUAGCAUUCUCCUAUAAUUAAUGCUUAUCCACUAAAAGUACAAAAUAGAUUAUCUGUGUAUGUUGUGUGUGCAUGCAUUGAUCAUAAGGCAUAUCAAUAUUUGUUGGUGCAAGUGCAACUUUUUAAAUGCUUACAAAUUGUUAUUGAUCUCAACUAUUGGUGUCAUUUGUCGUCAUCA